AUGGCCUCGUCCUCUUCGGCCGGCCCAUCUAGGGCUAAGGCGUCGAAGGACGUCAAUGAGCUUGCAUCCGCUCUGUAUAGCAAAUGCGUCUCAGAGUUCUCCUCCGACCACCUAUUCUACCAGCAAGACCUCCUCAGCGUGGGCGUUAUUCCAAACAAUGAUGUGGCGCUUUUGAUGAAAUGCGCUCAGUCCUUGGUGGACCAGAGCUUGUUUCGCCUCCUUCAAGGGAAAGACGACCGGCUUGCAUGGAAAGUUAUCGAGCAGUCCGAUGCAGAAAAGCUCCAAAACCUCAAUUCUGAAGAGCGCUUGGUAUAUAAUGUCAUUCACUCCACCGGCCGUCAGGGUGUUUGGACCAAGACCAUCAAAGCGCGAACAAACCUACACCAAACGAUCAUGAACCGCUGUCUCAAGUCCCUAGAAACAAAGAGCUAUAUCAAAUCGGUGCGAAAUGUCAAGUAUCCGCAACGCAAGAUCUACAUGCUAGCGAGCCUUCAGCCUAGCGAAGAAGUCACUGGCGGAGCUUGGUUCACAGAUGGCGUUCUAGAUGCAGAUUUCAUCCACAGCUUAGGUGUUUGGAUAGAGCGUUGGGUCAGUGCUCGCAGCUGGUAUGAUACCGAAAAAGCAGACCGGCAGAAGAAAAAAAGGAAGCUAGAUAGCGAAUCUACCAAACCUGAAUUCCAAUAUUUACCAUAUCUACCGACAUACGGUGCCUACCCGACUGUAACAGAUAUAACGAAGGCGAUUAACGCGUCAGGCUUAACUCCUGUUACAUUGGGCGAAGGCAGCAUUGCUCAACUUCUGCAAAUGCUUUGUUACGAUGGAAGAUUAGUUUCCCUCAGAGAUGGGGCUGCUUACAAGAGUGUUAAAAAACCUAACCAGAUAUCUCUUCACAGAGAACUGGGCCGCCGUGAUACUGACGUUGGGAAGGACCUUCUGGACUAUGAACAGCUUACACUGGGUGGCAAUGGGCUCACAGAAGCACCAUGUGGCCGCUGCCCUGUCUUUUCUUUGUGUCAAGAAGGUGGACCUGUCAACCCGGAAACAUGCGAAUACUUCCAGAACUGGCUAGAUGGCGCAAUCUCGUUUUGA